UUGUGAAUUUAUUCUGACCACCAAACUUCAGAGACCACCAGAUUAUCAGCCAUGAGGAUCCUUUACUUCUUUGUUGCUGUUGUUUUCUUCCUCUUCCAGAUUUGCCCAGGUUAUACUCAGGGCCCUCCUCCUCUUGCGGAUACUAUUGCGUGCAGAAAUACUCCUGCGGCUUUUUGCCAAGCUGGCGUAUGUCCUCCAACUUUUAGAGAAGAGGGAACGUGCUUUGGAGGAGCAAUUAAAUGCUGCAAAAAGGCGGCUUUCUGAGGACACCUCUGUGCUCUGACUGUUCCACUCCUACCAGAACUUGUCCUACUGAAGAAGAAAAUCUGCAGCACUCUUUUGCUGCUCACCGCUAAAAGGAUGUUUCCAAACAUGCAUCACAUUUGUGCACAAAAUCUAUAACCUCAAUCACCACUCCUAUAUCUCUCAGCAGUUUUCUGCAUUUCUGCUCACAUGAAUGCAGGAGCCAAGGGGAAAACUUGCUGGCCUCCCCCAUCAUAACUCGUAAACAAUUUUUUUUUGGGGGGGAGGAUACUACCUAGGCCACCUUUCUGCACGUUUC